GGGGAAUUUAUUUUUUCAGGCCGCGUUUAUCUCAUAUCUCAAAUAAAGCGCGGUGUAAUUCCUGAAAUAUUAAUAUUUGUUCCUCCAUCAGUCAUAUUUGGUGGAAGGGAUGCUAAACCCGCUGAAUUCCCACAUAUGGGAGCCAUAGGAUGGCGAGCAAAAGAUGAACCAAAGUGGCAUUUUAAAUGUGGAGGAUCAUUGAUAAGUGAAAAAUUUGUUGUAACCGCUGCCCAUUGCACUUGGCUUUCAUUACAUAAUCAUCAUGACGUCAGUGCUAAUGCACCGGAAGUUGUGCGAUUUGGUGUAGAAAAUAUACAGGAUGACGAGUUUAAUUUAUACGGAAAACCUAUAGACGUGAUAAUUAAAAAUAUAAUUAGACACCCGCGGUAUAGGCCCCCUCGGAAGUAUUUUGAUAUAGCGUUAUUGGAGUUAGACAGCGAGGUCAAGUUUAGCCUCCAAGUACAUCCCGCCUGCUUGUGGACGAAGCCAUCAACGCGUGAACUUGGUACUAGAAGUAUCCUCACCGGUUGGGGUCUCACAGAACAUGGAAAACCAUCAACAGUCCUUCAGGUUGCUGCGGUGGAUGUGUUGAAUACUAAAAAGUGUAACUCCCUCUUGCACAGCUCCUGGAAUAGAAACUGGCAUGGUUUUGCUAAGCAUCAGUUAUGUGCUGGCAAUUUAACUGGAAAUGUUGACACAUGUCAGGGUGAUUCAGGAGGUCCUAUACAAGUGAAGAUAGAAUCUGGAUCGAAUUCGUCUAUAAAUAUGGUAGUUGGCGUGACUUCAUUUGGGAUCAAUUGUGGACAAAAGAAUCGACCCGGAGUUUAUACAAAAGUUUCAAACUUCAUAAAAUGGAUAGAAAAUAACGUAUGGAAUAAGAACGUUACGGAAACCAAGGAAAUUAAAGUGAUGCCAUCACUUUUUAAGAGGAAGAAUGUGACUUUGAGUGGUGGUCGGGUGACAUUUUAACCAAAUAAUCUGUGCCAUAAGAAAGAGAAGGAAAGACAAAACAAAGGAAAAACAAAUAUACCGCUGCUUAAUAUAUUUUUGGCGAGUUAAUAAGAAUAACACAUAAUUAAAUUCAAAUUGUUUUUAUUAAAUAAAUAGCACAA